AUGGGAUCUGAGCCGGACCUGGACGCGCUGUUCGGUCCCGGCGAAACAGCCGAGGCAGCUGGUGCUACACCUGAGUCCCACGUGCAGCAGGUUCAUCCUGCGCUUCGCUCCGCAGUUGAGGCCCUCGUGGCAGAGUCCUGGCCUCGAGCGCGUGCGGAGCUCGUCGGGGCAGAAAGCGGCGAGCAGGCUAGCAAGGGAGCCCGGCCACCACUUCCGGCUUCCUUAGCACGGGAUGUGGAUGCGGCCCUGGCGGCGGAGAGCUGUGGUGAAUGGGCAGACUGCCGGCAGAAGGCGUCGGCCAUCAGGUCAGAGGCCUGGAAUGCUCUGAUUCGAGACAAAGGCUGGCAGCGACCCUGUGACAAGGAGCUCUUCAUGCUCACCGAGCUACUUCUGGCACUAUGCUCACAUGCCGCUGGCAGCAGCUCAUCAGCCGUGAAGCACGCCGAUGGCGUCUUUGUCUUUGCACCGGCUGGCGAGUUCAGAUCUUGUGCACUCCUCUUUGUUCGUCUGCUCGACGACGACGUGCGGGCUGUGCGAGCAGAGGAGGCGCGGCCGAUGCUUGGACAGUUCCCGAGCAGCUGCACGCUGGAGACCGCGCUCAAGCCCAAGCCGAGCGCACAGAGGCUGGAUAGGCUGGCCACGGACCCUUGCCCCGAGAAGUUGAAGGAGCUGCUGUCCUCGUCGCCGCUCGCACGCGCAUAA